UGAUCCAUUCUUGAUGACACGGUCAUCAGCUCUGAUCCGCGCCAGGCUGCGUUUUGACGCCGGAUGCGGAUAAUCUCAACUUCUCAGCCUAGGACCACACUUUAUUCUGCAACAUUUCUUUUCACGCGCUCAGUUAUCCUUUUGCGUCGUGCCACCCAAUUAAACCAGAUUCAACAAUUGGCCACCGGAUGUUUAACCCUUUUCCCCCUGCGAGCCCCGGCGAGGAUUCGGUCUUUACCACUCCAAGGACUCUGCAAGGUGGUCGUCACAAGUGGGCAACAUCCAGAUGAUCCUUUGCGGUAACGUCGCAAAGUAAAGUCUCACUUGUGCAGACGCUGCCGUCUCUGGCAGGUGUGGGUCUGCAGACGCAAAAGUGCGCGUUUCCCACCCAGUGCAAAACAGAAACAAGCGUUCUGGGUACGUGAUCCACUAUUUGACCGGCUUCGAGGAACAUGUGGAGCUGGGACGCAUGCAACAGAAAGCUGUAACAUGAGGAGGAGCCGACACCGCGCAAGUAUGGGACUUCCUGUGCUUUGCAGAUGGCUUGUAUUCAUCGCGGUGGUGCCUGCCUGGCUGCUGGCCGCUCCGAACCCCAUGCGUGAGCGUCCCUGCCCGCAGAGCUGCAGAUGUGACGGCAAAAUAAUCUACUGUGAAUCCAACGCUUUCCGUGACGUGCCAAGCAACGUGUCAGUGGGAACUCAGGGCCUCUCGCUGCGUUACAACAGCCUGAUGAACCUGAGAGCCCACCAGUUUGCGGGUCUCGGUCAACUGGUUUGGCUGUACCUCGAUCACAACUACAUCGGCGCCGUGGACGGCCAAGCCUUCCACGGUAUACGCAGACUCAAAGAACUGAUUCUCAGCUCCAAUAAAAUCACCCUGCUCAAGAAUAACACUUUCCACGAUGUUCCGAACUUGCGAAAUCUUGACCUUUCCUACAAUAAACUGCAGGUACUCCAACCAAAUCAAUUUGUGGGCCUACGGAAGUUACUCAGUUUACACUUGAGGUCAAAUUCUUUAAAAACAGUCCCAAUGCGUGUUUUCCUUGACUGUCGCAACCUGGAAUUCCUAGAUGUUGGCUACAACAGGCUCCGGAGCCUCACACGGAACGCCUUUGCCGGACUCUUUAAGCUCGUCGAGCUGCAUUUGGAACAUAACCAGUUUUCCAAGAUCAACUUUGCUCACUUCCCCCGCCUGACUAAUCUGAGGGCGCUCUAUUUGCAAUGGAACCGUAUCAAAGUGCUGACCCAAGGCCUGUCGUGGAUGUGGACCUCCCUGCAAAAGCUAGACCUGUCCGGGAACGAGCUCCAGACGCUGGAUCCGAGCACGUUUCAAUGCCUGCCCAACCUCCAGACCCUCAACUUGGACUCUAACAAACUGAACAACGUGUCUCAGCAAACGGUGGAGACUUGGAUCUCCCUCACCACCAUCAGUCUGGCGGGUAACCUGUGGCACUGUAACCCCAACAUAUGCCCCCUAGUGGACUGGCUCAAGGCUUUCAAGGGAAACAAGGAGUCCACAAUGAUUUGCACAGGCCCUAAAGAGGCACAAGGAGAGAAAGUCACCGAUGUGGUGGAGACUUACAACAUUUGCACAGUAACGCCAAGCCCCAUUACCUCAACAAGGGCGCCUCUCACUACUGCAUUUCCAACAGAACUGCUCCCCCUUCCCACACGGCCUGAAGUGGUCAAGAAGCUGGCAGAAAACAGGACAGCCUCUCCUACUCCUUCGCAGGCCUCUCCGACAAUCCCUUUACCAGACUCUGAGUAUGUGUCCUUCCAUAAAAUCAUUGCUGGUACUGUGGCCCUCCUCCUGUCGGUGGCUAUAAUCCUACUUGUUAUCUAUGUUUCGUGGAAGCGCUAUCCCAGCAGCAUCAAGCAGCUUCAGCAACGCUCCACGGUUAAAAAGCGGCAGAAAAAGGCUCGGGAGACUGAGCGCUCCUUUAAUUCGCCACUGCAAGAGUAUUACGUGGACUACAAGCCUUCACACUCUGAGACAAUGGAUGUGCUGGUUAAUGGGACAGGACCUUACACAUACACCAUCUCAGGCUCCAGGGAAUGCGAGAUUCCGCUGCAGUUGAGAGCCCUGACGUACGGUUGUGAGCCAUCAGUGCUGGACUACUGCCAUGCUCACCUGCACGUCAACCUGGAGCCCCACAAUCAGGAGAUGGACGCUCUGAGGCCAAGCGGGUACCAACGGGGCCCAGUGAGCGUCCUUCCCCCGUACCGAUUCCCUCCGCCAGUGAGCAGCACACACUAUUAAAUAGUCAACAGACUUUACAAAACACAAGACAGACUCUGUUGGAGGAAAUUGGUAAUAAUGGUAACAGAGGCAGUCGAUCUUCUGUAGAGCACCCAGGACCCAGGGUAAUGGUGAUGAAAUAUUUCUCCAUGGAAAUACAGUGUAAGGGUACAAUUGUAUUGAUUGAUGAGCUUCGGACCCACCCAAGCCUCAAUAUCCUCAAUUAGCCAAGGAGGCUGAACAGCAAGCUUGACUUUCAAUGUUCCGCUCUGCUUGUUGAGGAGUAUUAGAGGUAAUACUUUGAUGAUUUGUUAAUCCUAUUAAGCAUUCUGUAUUUUUGUCACUUCUCCUCGUCUGGGUACCUCUGCUGUGUCAGGGAAAAUAAUCCAAUGGCUAAAAAACGGAGCCCGGGAAACAACGAGAAGAACUGCCGAUUCCCAAGUUUUCUGCUGCCUUCUUUGGGUUUGCAUAUUGUUAUCAUGAUUAUUGCCAGUCACAUGUCCCUGUAGGAUUUUCAUUUAUAUUGAACUAACCAAUCAAAUUGAGUAGAUAAGUAAAAGAGCAGAACAAAAGUGCUACAUGUACAGCCACACACCGUGCCAGAAAAUAGUAGACGGACUUUUGAUUUUCAUUUGUGAAGUCCAUUGCAUUUAGAUUAACUGCACAGAAAAGUAAACAUGUAUAAAAAAAAAAAAUAGCAAGUGCAGACCUUGUCUCACUUGCACACUCAUAUAUCGAGCCAGCUUUUCAUCAUCCAUUUAAUGCAUUCCUGUAUGAAAUGUUUAUUUUUCCUGCCCAGAUGUGUUCUUAUCGUGUGCUCACAUACUAUCUACAUACGUGAACUUUUUACGGGAUGUUACAUAUUCUAUGGAAAAUAAACUGUGGUAAAUCAACUAUCUUAGUGUUAUUCAUUAUGAUCAGUGACAUUAACUCCAACCCUCUUCUAUUUGGACUGCUGCAGAGAUGAUUGAGACUAAAGAGCAGCGCUGAACAUUUAAAGGGCACCCGCUCUGCUGUUUACGUGAGGUAAAGACACAGCAUUAGCAUACACCUGCACUAUCUGAUGCGACAAAAUAUAAGAGAUGUUUCAAAAAUUCUGGACUUGAUAGCACUAAUGAUGCUCACUUUGAUGAUGUAUGAAAAUAUGUAUGCAAGUGGUCGUGGUCAGUGAGUACAUGGAAAGACCUCAGAGUGCCAAGGGAGAUUUCUAUGAAAUCAAAUGCUAAUUAUUGUCUUGGAUAUCACCAUGUUCUUCCUUUUCGAAAAAAUGCAAAGUUUUCUCCUCAGGAAACGUUCAUUCCCUUUGGUCAGGAGCAGUUGUCUCGCCUGUCGAGGGUUGUUCAUUUGAUCUGGAGCCCCUGUGACUAUCUUGAAAUGUCCUUGAGCAAGAUAUCGAAGCCGCAGUUACACCCGAUGCUGCGUCAUCAGACAGGACAGCAUUGAAACGCUUUGUGUACCUUGACAAUAGAAAAGCAAUUACCAGAUAAAAAACAUUUUCCAGCUAACAAUCAUUUCGUAAUAGUAAGAUCAGAACAAACACGUCUUUUAAGUAUCUUUCUGACAUUUUCAAUCAUGAUGAGGAACACUUCGUAACGUCAUUGAAAGUGAAGACGAUUUGUCUUAUUUCUUAAUAAACAUAAGUACCGCGCUGCGCACAAAAAAGCAACAGACGUAAAUCUACUGUCUCUCUCAGAUUGCCCCGGUGAGAUGCAUUUCAGAAUGGUGAACCUGAAUAAAACAUAAUUGUGAUUGA